AUGACCUCUGACCGUCUCCCUGACCUCUACAAACACAUCACACCUAGUCACGCUUCAGUCCGGACGCUGCCACCCCCUGCCUCCCCCCCCCCCUAUCCCUCGACUCAAGACACCAUCCCCAUCGGCCACGCUUCCCUCUUCAGUGAACCUCCAAGCCGGACCGUGGGUUUCACUGCACCGCCAACUUCCCUCGCCUUCAUUUCCUGUAAUCUUAGUGCAAUGAAGCAGUGGCUUAUAUUUCCUCCAGGUAAUCUUAGUGCAAUGAAGCAGUGGCUUAUAUUUCCUCCAGGUAAUCUUAGUGCAAUGAAGCAGUGGCUUAUAUUUCCUCCAGGUAAUCUUAGUGCAAUGAAGCAGUGGCUUAUAUUUCCAGGUAAUCUUAGUGCAAUGCUUAUAUUUCCUCCAGGUAAUCUCAAUGUGGCUUAG